AUGUCGCUCUGUUCCAACCGUCUCUCUGAGGAGAGAAAGCAGUGGCGCAAAGAUCACCCCUUCGGUUUCGUCGCAAAGCCCGCAAAAAACCCUCAGGGCGGUCUUGAUCUCCAAAAGUGGGAGUGCUCCAUUCCUGGCAAGGAAAAGACUCUCUGGGAGGGCGGCCUCUUCAAGCUCGAGGUCCAGUUCCCUGACGAAUACCCUACCAAGCCCCCCAAGUGCAAGUUCGUUCCUCCUCUCUUCCACCCCAAUGUUUACCCUUCCGGCACUGUCUGCUUGUCCAUUCUCAACGAAGAAGAAGGCUGGAAGCCCGCUAUCACCAUCAAGGAGAUUCUCCUCGGUAUUCAAUCUCUGCUGAACGAGCCCAACCCCGAGUCGCCUGCUCAGGCCGAGGCCUACAACCUGUUCCGCAAGGAUCGCGCCGCCUACGAGAAGAAGAUCAAGCAGGUCGUCAGAGACAACCCAGCUCCUUGA